CCAGUAGAACACCGAAAUUAAUCAUCACUGCCUGUGGUCAGUAAACGGGUGGGUGACUACUUUGAUCAGCCUACAUGGAGACCAACGGUGUGCAGUAUCGGUUUUCAUUAAAAUGUUCUAUCGUUAAGUGCUGGACUUCAAUUGCAGGUCGUCAGACUACUAAAGCGGAGGAACCAUCCCCUCUGCAGAGGAUGAAAAUUGUGAUAGCAUGUCUUCGGAGAAUCCUCCGGGACAUUUCCCAGACUGUGGAACACAAGAUGUCCUUAACUUGUUUAGAUCAUAAUUACUAUGAUCGAUCAAAAUGUGAAGCAGCUUUUAAGAAUUAUAAGACAUGCAAAGAAUUUUGGGCUUAUGUAAGGAAAGAUCGAAAGCGUAAAGGAUUGGAACCACACGUCCCUCAACCAGCUGACAGAGAUAGAAUUAAAGCUGAAUAUAUGCCUUCUUUUAGACACUAAACUUUAAGUUAUGUUAGUUAUAUAUUAGUUUCCUAUCAUAUUGUUAUUAACUUGUAUUAUACAUUGUAAAUAAAAUGAUAUUUGAA